GAUAAAAUAAGUGGACCGAGUGGAAGCAAUUUUCUAUUUUUAGACAAAUAAAAUAAAAUUGAUCUUCGUCUAAAAGAGCUCCAAAGUUACCUACUUCCUCUGAACAGACAAGAUGGCGAAGGUCGUUACUUAUUUUACAGCCAGAGGGAAAAGUAUUGUUGCCUUUGCCCAGCCCAAACUGUCAACAGCAUGGAGGUAUGCCAAAGCUGAAAUGGGUCCACCUUCAAUCAAAGAUCUCCCAGAGGUUCAGGCAGGCUUCAAUAAAUUGAUAGUUGCUGCUAGAACACAACAGUGGAAAAAGCUGACAGUCAAGGAAGCUUGGUUGAACACACUUAUCGGAGCAGAAAUUGCUUUUUGGUUUUUCGCUGGUGAAUGUAUUGGAAAAGGAAGUGUGAUUGGUUACAAUAUACCCGGAGCUGUAAACUUUGACAUUCAUUUCUAAGUUUAUAAUUUUCAUUUAGUUUAAAAUAGUGACGUGGAUGUUUAUCUUGUGAAUGUGGUAACAAUAUGAGAGUAACACUAGCGUGAUAGUUUUGAACUUGUAAUAUAAAAAAAAAUUAAAGGCACAGUCUAGUACAACUUUGGUGUGCUGAUUAAUAAAUAUCUUGUUUUAAGGAA